AUGAAGAGAUUUGCCUGUAGUAUAUUCUAUCAACAACGAUUAGGUUCCAGGUUUCUUAGUUAUCAGCAAAGUAGUAUGAAACGUCCAGUGUGUGACUACAUCACACUUACUGCUCCAGAAAGACGAGUUCGAGAAUUGCUAGUGGAAUAUUGUAAUUACUACAACACCCAGAAUGGCAUUGGUGAAGAAGAUCAACUUGAAUUGAGAAUCACUGGUGGGUGGGUCAGGGAUAAGUUGUUAGGGAACGAGAGUCAUGACAUAGAUAUUGCCGUGAAUCAUUUGACCGGAGAACAAUUCGCCCAUGGGUUACUGGAUUACGUCAGCAAGUACCAGCCUGAUUUGGAUAUGCAUACUCUCCACACCAUUAAGAAGAACCCAGACAAGUCCAAGCAUUUGGAAACGUGUACUACUAAAUUGUACGGCAUCGACAUUGAUUUUGUUAAUUUGCGAUCGGAAGAAUAUAGUCUCGAUAGUCGAGUUCCUGUGAUUGAAUUCGGGACACCGCAAGAGGAUGCCUUGCGAAGAGAUGCUACGUUGAAUGCAUUGUUUUACAAUUUGAAUCACAGUAAGAUCGAGGAUUUCACCGGCAAGGGGUUGGAAGAUUUGCACCAUGGGCUCUUACGCACUCCGUUACCGCCAAUUCAAACAUUUUUAGACGACCCUUUGAGAAUCAUUCGGUUGAUUCGGUUUGCCAGCAAGUUUAAUUUCAUGAUUGAACAAAAGACGUUAUGUGCUAUGAAGGAGGAACACAACAAGAUUGCAUUACUGACAAAGAUUAGUAAAGAGAGGAUCGAGAUUGAGUUGAGAAAGAUAUUGACGAGUAAGAAUCCAGGGUACGGAUUACAAUUGAUUAACUAUAUUGGGUUGGCCCGGUCUAUUUUCUAUGUUGAUUCUUUGGAGAAUGAAUUCACCAAGGAAGAGUUAAAAUUGGCUUGUGACAAGAUGCCUGCUCAACUAGCAUUAUCCACAAAAAUCUACCCUAAUUUCAAACAUAUCAUUGUGAACUCGACCAAGAAGUUUAGACAUGCGUUUGCUGAGUUGUUGCAUAAUGAAGAUUCGAUGAAUAUCUUUUGGUUAGCCAUCAUAUUACAGCCGUACUCGAUCCUCCCGCCUCGCAAACCCAACCAUGAUGGUAUUACCAAAUUCAUGAAAGACGGACUCAAGUCCAAGCGAAGCGAUGUCAUUAAAGUGCAAGCUAUCGCGCAAAAUUACAAAUACCAAACGGGAGUAAUCAAACAGCUAUUCCAGGAUCCAACCACUGUGAAAAGGUCAGAUUUGGGGUUGUACCUCAGACAGUUCCCAGGGUUUGCCCCAUUGAGUCUUAUAACCGAUUGCUUGCUUGAUUGUAUGCACGAUUUGCAUGGAGCAAUAGAUAUCCUGUCCGAGUUGCCUCCGUUUCCGGAAUCGAGCCAGGAAAUGUUGAAUGACGAGCAUAUCAAUCGAGUUAUCAACGAUAAUGUCCACAAAUACGAGGAGUUGUUUGCAGCUAUCGACCAACUUGGACUCGCAGACGUGCAUACUGUGAAGCCGUUAUUGGAUGGUACUACCUUGUCGAAGAAGUUAGACUUGAAGCCUGGGCCUUGGUUGAAGUGCGUCAAUGAUGAGAUCUUGGUGUGGCAAUUGGAUAACGUCGGAGCUACUCGCGAAGACUGUUUCAAGUUUGUGGAAACCAUCAUCUCGAAGUAUACACUGUAG